CCCCGAGAUGUCUUGCCCCACUUCUAUUUCGCGCGCGUGAGAGAGAGUAGGCGUCAGGGCGCGCGUUGUGGACGCCGCCCGUGGUCUUUCCCGGUCGCGGACCCUUGUUAUUUUUCUCAAUAUUUUUAUCUUCAUCUUCUCCACAAAUUCGAAACUCGUCACGCAACAACUUGUGACAAAAAACUAAACAACAAACGGGUAAACCAGAGUCUAAAAAUUAUUUUACAGAUAGAAAAAUUUGUCCCCAAGAAGUGAAUUAAAAAAAAAAAAUCCAUAUCCGUCCGAGUGUAAUAUUUAUAAAAUUGCUGUAAGUUAAUCCGUCGGUAUCUACCGUGAAAUAGUCAACCAAUCGAUUAAGUGAAAGCUCGACAGUCGACGAUGUGAAAAAAAAAAUUUAUAAAAAUCUAAUGUCCUUUGGUGUGAUGUCAGUGAAAUGAAGUGGCCUUGGCACUGUCCAACGUAAAAAUGAGUGUCAGGGUGGGGGAUUAUUAUUAUAAAUAACUGGGUCCAUUAAUUAGGGCAAUUUAUUCCCGCCCCAUCGGAUAUUGUUGUCAUAAAAACACAUCCCCCAUAAUCACACUUACCCACUUUUCCCGCAUCUCCGAUCGAUAAGCUCAAGGAGUCCGACUGGUUGUGUACAGCGGGUGCGGCUUACAAUUGGACAUUAUUAUUAACAAAAGGCAUGGCUGGUGUCUCACCAGCAACAAUAAGAACACCAAUGGGUAGAGCACGGAGUUAUCGCGGCGCCGGUUCGCCGGCCUCUGAAAUAUCAAUGGACCCAAGGAAUCUACAGGAUUCCAUAAACUCCAGUUCCAAUAAUUCAUCCGGUGUUUACAUCAUCAAUAGCCCGCAGGUUGACGUUUCGACCCAGGUCGACCUCAACGCAGCGAUGAUCCACGACUGGGACCGACGUGCGACCCCGAUGUACUCACGUGAGGAUUUCAAAGAGCAGUACUGCAUAACAAGCCGUCAGCUGGACGCGGUUGAGAAAUCCGGCGGCGGAAUAUUCGGUUGUCUCUCCACGAAAGGACUGUCACCCUGCACAGCCACCAGGGUCUCGAUUCUGUCCGCGUGCGUUCGCAGUGCGUCCAGCGAUGAAAACCUUUGCGACGCACCGUAUCCACGGAAACCGUUUCAAAUAUUCUACCAGCAGCCCUAUCCAUCUUACCACCGGGGGAUCACUCGCUAUGAUCUGGACGAAGACGAAUGGGUCAAUACUUCGUACUUCCGAAGACGGCCCACGUCUUUCUGCACUAUAUCAGAUCCAAAAAGGUACACAUGGUUACAAGAGGAUGAAGAGUCGAUGAGAUUAGAAGGACCAAGAUCAGUAUUGACAGCAAUAAACCAGCCGCAUGCUGUUGGUAUCCAUAAGCCGAAGCACGUAAGCUUUGCUCGGUCACAUACUUUGACAUCAUUCGAGAUUGCAUCACGUAGCAAAAGUCCACCGAGACCUCACGCUCAGGAACGACUGAUUGAUACUCAGCCAACUGCGCAAGCGUGCAUUGCACCAGCGGCAAUGAUCCACCCUUACCCACCUCCAGAACCUAAAAUACUUAUCCUAGAAAAAAAUAAACGGGGAGUCAUGAAAACCCAGGCUACACAAACGGACUUGCCAACGGGGUUGCGACGUGAACCUCCGGUGACAUUGAGUCCUCGGACGAUACAACGGGUGAAGAUGGUGUCCCAAGGCGCCCAGACCAAUGGGAUAAUUAACGGCAGGAAAUUGACCAAGAGUUAUUCGGAAGCUGGGCAAUUUGGUGCGCCUCUGGGCACUAAUGGGACCAAUAGGGAAGAACCAGUAGAGCAUGAGCCAUUGCAGAGGACGCAGAGUGAAGAGCCACCUAAAUCUCCAUUCCUUAUUGACACGCCGCCUAAAUCACCAGCCAGAGACUAUGGUCUGCUGGUUAACGGUGACCUAGAGUUCACGGGAAAGCGGUUGUCAAAAGAAGAGGAAGAAAUUUUAAUUGAUUUCAAACCGGCUCCUGUGUCUCCUGAUGCGCGCGCUAUGUUGAAACAGAUGCCGUUAGUUUGGCGGAGGCCUAUAACUCUACAGAAAACGCUCUCUGAUGGUGAAAUCCAGGUUGAGAGACGUGAAUUAAUUGAUGAAGCUGGAGCGCCGAGUUAUCCUCAUACUUGUCGGCGUAAUUAUCAUGACCCUUGGAGUAGAAAUAUCAGGCCACCCGUCCAAUUUUCAUCGACGCCUGAUGAUUUAUCACUACUACGUAUUCAAUCAUCUCACGAAGACAUUCACGAAGAGGAAUUCCAUGAGAAUAUUAUUCGUCGCGGAUUAUUUCGUAAAAGAAGUGUAUCACUGGAAGACGGUGUUCAAGAUCUGGCUUCCAGUGACUUCAUUUUACCACGAUCGCUUCCAACCUCCCCGACGUCACCGACUGCUAUUCAGGGAAUUAGAAAAAUCGAAGACAGCCCGCGUUAUGAAAUACGACGACCUAGUUUCUUAAGAACCUGCCCAAUAGUUGGACCAAUUACUUCCCCAUUUGCAUCGAGUGAUUCACUGAAUAAUGACGUCACUAAAGAUCACAGCGAUGGGAUUUGGAAUGAAUCCCAGGCAACGGUACUCCAAGCUGACACCCUGGCUCUAUUGACUCCGUCAUCUCGCAGACGUCAUCUUCUGCUUCUUCAGCACCAGCAGCGAUCUUCCAUGGAUACCGAAACCCUAGACGUGGAAGACGACUUAGAAAUUUGCCCACCUAGUCCGCGAAUCCUAUUGGAACCUCCAUCGAUCGUUCACACCCCCAGCGAACCAAUCCUAAUAAACGGACGUCCACGAAGUGGCCUUCGUCGUCGCAGUCCUGGUCCCCCUUAUUCCUUACCGCAGUCGCAGUCAUCCAGCGAACUGGCUCUGAGUAUCGGUCGCACGGAUUCCGGACGUACAAACACGACCGAUCUCUCAGAAGCCUCAACAACCGAGGACUAUGUCACUGCCAAUACGUCAACCGGCACGGGAACAACAACCGGGACAUCAGCGACCAUUAGCUCAUGGUCACGACCCAGUGGCUAUCAUGCGUCAUUGAGUGCCUCGGCAUCAGCACCCGCUUCUACCACUGCGACAGCUGCCGACGGUAGCUCAUUUGAAAGCGCCAGCUCAAUUUAUAGUCUCGCCAGGAGCGAGGCGCUCCUUGAGGAUCUACCCGCAAGUCCGAAGGCGAUUUUCGAAGACAUAGAAAUGCCCUUCGACUUGGCGGAAUUGGUCCCACCCUCGCCGGCAAGGUCUACCACCAGCAGUAGCUCUGGUAGCUAUGACCUUGAUGACGCGAUGCCUGAGCCUUGUCCUGAAUCAUUUGCAACGGCUCCGCUAAGCGGACACACUUCUGAAGCCGAGUUAGAUCACGACUAUCACAGAACACCAGAAAUGCGACGUUUAUCAUCUGGCUACGUAGAGUCACCCCCAGAACCUCAUACCUGGACAGAUGAGGAGCCACGUAGGAAGUCAUUCGUCCUCGACUUUCCAGCUGGUUUGGAAAUCGAUCACAAUCACCAUUCAGACCGAAUUGAAUUGGUGAUGGAUAACGCGGAUAUUAGUCCGACUCCCAGUCACAGGCAUCGCCCGCGCACGAAACUGACAACUGGCAGAAGUCCGUAUCGUAAUAAUAAAAAACGUGACCCCCAAUCGCCUAUUUCGACGAUAUCGCGAAGCCCUCAGAAGGAGGAAUGGAAUAGAGAAACAGUUGAUGACUCGGUACAGAUUCCAACUUCUGAUGAUUCUAGCUGCAGUCAUCAUUACCAUAUGCACCAUCAUCACCACCACGUUCACAGAGACAAUGUGGACGCACGUCAUCGUAGACCGAGAGAUAGUCCACGUCGCAAAACAAGCGGCUACGUCUCGGCUCGUAGACGAAGCAAUGAGGAUAAGAAUGCGGCAUUCACUGGGAGCUUACCAAGACGUAGGUCCCGCCCUGUGGAUGACUGUUCCAACCGUUUAAGUCCAGGUGGCAGGUAUCAACGCAGUCCCGGUCACAAUGGGCACACUACCGUCAUCGUCAAGUCUCCGUCGUGUCUGGAGACCCGGUUGAAAGCGUUAUCAGCUGAAUCAUUGAGGUCCGUUAGUCCUGGUAGUGACAGCGUUUUUUACAGCGAAAGCGCCGAUUUGUGUGCUGCCCAUCAUGACGCAUCUCAUUGCCACAGUUGCGGGAAAGAGGUAACGGAAGAAAUAGUCCAGCCACCAGCAGGAUUCGCCGAUUCGCCUGAGGGUCCGCGGAUCAUUGCCAAGCACUCUGGGCACCGGUUGUACAAAAAACUCGACAAGCGAUACCGAUCUGAAGACCGUGGCGAGCGUAGGUAUCAUCGCAACAAUGGGAGAUCAGACGUCCGAGCAAAGUCUGAAGAACGCGGUGGACGAUCCUCUAGCAGAGGCUCCAUCGAAGAUGGAAUCAGACGUCGUCUUCAUGCCAGAAGUACUGACGUCAGCAUGGAAACAUUAGCAUAUCGGGAAGACGAGGACACUUACAUCGAGCCGUACACCGGAAACGAGUGGAUCUAUAUUGGGGAGCUGGAAGAAAGUCAUGUUUGGAAGCGUCCCGACAGCCGUGACGGAGAUGAUGAAUCAUCAGAGGGUCCAAUAAAAGAUCGCAGAGGCUCCCAAGGCUCGACGGAGAGUGAAAAAUGCUUCCGGAAAAAGUACCAAGCAGCGACUCAUCGCAUGGUUCAUCGGAAAAGUAGCGGCGAAAUGUACAAAAGAAUGCAGAGCAAAAGUUUCGAGAGUGAUAAAACGGUGAUAGUGAAGCGAGAAGCUGGAGGGGAAUUCGGGUUCCGUAUCCAUGGAUCCAAGCCCGUCGUGGUCUCGGCAAUCGAGCCGGACACUCCAGCAGAAAGUUCUGGACUGGAAGUCGGGGACAUCAUUAUGUCAGUGAAUGGACGGAGUGUCAUGGACGCGACCCAUUCGGAAGUGGUCAGAUUGGCGCAUUCGGGACCUGACGUUCUGGAGCUCGAAGUUGCGAGGACCUGCAACGUCUUGGCACCCAGAGUUCCCAAGAGCCCUAAGGAAUCUGCUGAGGUCGCUGUCUACUCGGGUUACUUGUGGCGACGUGCGACGACAUUUAACGCCGCGGGUAUUGCGACGGACAAAUGGGUCCGGAGAUGGUUCGCUUUGCGUCGUGAUAACUGCCUUUACUACUACAAGACUGAUACGGAUUCACAGCCAGUUGGGGCAGUGAUGCUCUUAAAGUACGACGUCGAGGCAACACAAGAAAUUAGGAACCACAGCUUCGCUAUCAGGAAAACUGGAGCACCGUCGCAUCAUUUGGCUGCUGAUAACGACGAGACCAUGCAGAAUUGGAUGACAGUCAUACGAGAAGCUGUCGAACGCAAUAACCAGGCGGACACGUGGCUUGAUGCCUCUGUCAGGAUGCAACAACUCCCUGCAUGUUCUAUCCAGCGGCCAGACUGCUUCGGGUACCUCAGCAAGCAGCAGGACCGUGCCAAGAAAACUUCCUCGCCGACUGGAUGGUCAAGACGAUACUGCGUUUUGAAAGACGCUGCGCUGUACUUUUACGAUGACGCAAAUGCGGAAAAGGCUUUUGGAGUUGCGUGUCUUCAUGGAUUCCGGGUCCACGGAAGCGCACCGAGUGGCGGCGGUCGUAAGCAUGCAUUUGAACUGCAGCCGUCUGAUCCAACCCAGAGGAGUUACACUUUUGCCACCGAAACUGAGAUGGACAAAAAAAGGUGGCUGGCCGCGCUCGAGUACUCAAUCGAUCGAUGGAUAAAAGUGGGUUGAUCGGUUCCGUGGAUUGCUUACGAUUAGACGUAAUUUAUGACUUUAAUAUAUUUAUAUUUAUAAUCACAACUAAUGAUUACGUGGAUCUUGAGUCAAUCAUGAAGAUUUUAACGACGAUUUUCAUCGAAUUAUAAAAAGAAUAUAAAUAUAACAAAAAAAAAUUAUUUAUUAAUAGUUUAAUUAUUUUGUUCAUUCGAAUUCAUAAUACGAAAAAUAUAUAUAUAUAA